CUGGGGGAGGAUAAGCUCAUGGCCAUCCUGAAGGAGCGAGAGCUGAAGAUCUACUGGGGGACCGCCACCACGGGCAAGCCACACGUGGCCUACUUUGUGCCCAUGUCCAAGAUCGCAGACUUCCUGAAGGCUGGCUGUGAGGUGACGAUACUCUUUGCUGACCUCCAUGCUUACCUAGACAACAUGAAGGCCCCCUGGGAGCUGCUGGAAUUGCGCACCCGCUAUUAUGAGAAUGUUAUCAAAGCCAUGCUGGAGAGCAUUGGGGUACCCCUGGAAAAGCUGAAGUUCGUCCGGGGCACUGACUACCAGCUCAGCAAGGAGUAUACGCUGGAUGUGUACCGCCUCUCGUCCGUGGUGACGCAGCACGACGCGAAGAAGGCGGGAGCGGAGGUGGUGAAGCAGGUGGAGCACCCCUUGCUGAGCGGUUUGCUCUACCCAGGCCUGCAGGCCCUGGAUGAGGAGUACCUCAAGGUCGAUGCACAGUUUGGAGGAGUUGAUCAAAGAAAGAUAUUCACCUUUGCGGAGAAGUACCUUCCUUCCCUGGGCUAUGCCAAGCGCGUCCAUUUGAUGAACCCGAUGGUUCCCGGUCUGACAGGCAGCAAAAUGAGCUCGUCAGAAGAGGACUCAAAGAUUGACCUUCUGGACCGCAAGGAGGAUGUGAAGAAGAAGUUGAAGAAGGCUUUCUGCGAGCCAGGGAAUGUGGAGAACAACGGUGUCCUCUCCUUCAUCAAGCACGUCCUCUUUCCCCUCAAGUCAGAGUUUGUGGUUCUGCGAGAAGAAAAAUGGGGAGGAAACAAAACCUACACAGCCUAUGAGGCCCUGGAGAAGGACUUUGCUGAGCAGGUCGUGCAUCCCGGAGACCUGAAGAACUCAGUGGAAGUAGCCCUGAACAAACUGCUUGACCCCAUCAGAGAGAAAUUCAACAGCCCGGAACUGAAGAAGCUGACCAACGCAGCGUAUCCCAACCCGUCCAAAGCCAAGCCUGCAGAGAAGGGUACCAAGAACUCGGAGCCGGAGAACGUGGUCCCAUCCCGGCUGGACAUUCGCGUUGGCAAAGUGAUCAGUGUGGAAAAGCACCCAGACGCCGACAGCCUGUACGUGGAGAAGAUCGAUGUGGGCGAGCCCGAGCCCCGCACCGUGGUCAGCGGCCUGGUGCAGUUCGUCCCCAAGGAGCAGCUGCAGGACAGGCUGGUGGUGCUGCUUUGCAACCUCAAGCCCCAGAAGAUGAGGGGUGUGGAGUCGCAGGGCAUGGUGCUGUGUGCCUCCAGCGUAGGGGAGCCGCGGCAGGUGGAGCCCCUGGACCCGCCAGCCGCGGUCUACGUGGAGGGCUACGAGGGCGGGGAGCCCGAUGAUGAGCUCAAGCCGAAGAAGAAGGUCUUUGAGAAGCUGCAGGCUGACUUCCGCGUCUCCGAGGACUGUGUCGCCCAGUGGAAGCAGAGAAACUUCCUGACCAAGCUGGGGAGAGUCUCCUGUAAAAGCCUGAAGGGAGGGACCAUCAUCUAA